AUGAAGUUCACAACCGUCGCCGCUCUCCUGCCCCUGGCCUGGGCAGCCAAAAUCGACGCCACCGAUCUGAAGUACGAGAUCAGCGAUUUCUCGGCAGCCUGCACGCCUAAAAGCAUAUACUGUUUUUAUGAAAUCAGCAUAUCUACCAGCAACAAUCCCAAAUUCACACAGGGCUGCGAUGUGAUGGGCACGAGCGACAACGGCGAGCUGCCUGCCGUCAGCGAGACCCAGUGCGGGACGUACACCGUCUCUGUCGCCAAGUCGGGCGAUGGCGGAUUGGUUUUUACAAUCAAUUCAGACAUGGAACCGCUGACGGGAACCUUCCCUAUCUCCAGCGACGACCUGACGACCACGGAGUCCGGCGGGAGCACGGUGCAGUUGUACACGGGCGACUCGACCUUCACCAUUGACGCCAAGAUCAGGUCUUCUGCUUCGGCUUCUGCCUCGAGCCCUACUGCUUCUACCCUCACUGGGUCAUCUGCCUCUGCAUCUUCAUCUGCAUCAUCUGUUUCUCCCACUGCUGCCUCCGAGCCAUCUACCACAGGCAAUACCACUUCAAGCUCCGCCAGCCCCAGCGAGACCAAUGGUGCGACUCGGGGGAGCGCAUUCGCUGGUGUCCCGUUUGCUGUUGGUCUGAUGGCCUUUAUGUUGUAA